GUCUCAUCCGUGGCAUUCAGUGAUACGUACCCCAACUUGCUAGCAGUUGGUAUGCAGGAUGGCGGCCUUGCAAUUUGGGACCUCCGUCAGAAAGCCGACUCGCCUGUCAGUCCAAUAUCGAACGUAGCGAGCAGGCAUACUGAUGUGGUGUGGGACAUACAAUGGGUUGAUAGGGGUCCUGAUAAGUUCCCGAGGGAGAACCUUAUAUCGGUCGGGGCUGAUGGUAAGGUUAUACAAUGGGACAUGCGGAAGGGAUUAGAACGGGCAGUACUGAUGUCCCUGAAGCGAUCGGCCAACCCAGAUCUCGCUACCAACGUCCUCAAUACGGGGGCGCAGGACAGUGAGCGGAGUUGGAGUGUGAGUGAUGAGCUCAAGUUAGGCAAAGCUGCGGCUUCUGUGUGGACUUCUUGA